AUGAAAUCCUACUACCGACUGGCAGAAAUGGAGCUUAACCGCGGAAAUGUGGAACUAGCCUACAAUCAUCUGACUAGGCACAUCUUCCGACGGAAGAAGCGCGAUGAAUCGCUGUUUGACAGUGUCAUAGAGAUAACAUCCCAAGACAUUGACCGUUCGGGAUCGUUCCCUUAUCAUGUAGAGAGAGCUUUAGAACUAAUGAUGAGCUUGGCAUAUCAACUCAAGGAUGCUUCUAUCCUCAUUGGCAUUAUCACCACGCUUAUUUCCAAUAUGGAGAGUAAAAGCGAAAUGUACAUCUUAAAAGAGAGGCAGGGAGCAUUGUUGAUGCAUGCAACUAAUCGACUGCACAUAUUGGUCAUGGAGUCAUCUUCACCAAAAGUAAUGCGCUCUGAAAUGUACAGAGCAUGGCAGGUGGUAAACAGAUGUAAGCAUUUGGCUGCACGAGCCGUGGAAGUUCGUUUGCAAGCAUUGAUACAGCAUAUGUUUGGCUCACUCAAUGAUUUUGUUGCCGAACAGUCUAUGUCCCAAGACAACAGAAGGAAACAAGUCAGGGUGAGUAUUAGAUGGUUUUUUGAUACACUCAAGAAAGACAAAAUUACUUUCAGAAAAGAAAGCUUAAUGCAUAUGAUCUAAGC